GUUCAGGGAAGGCGGAGAACCUUUUCAGUUGGUCGCGCCGCCAUUUUGUGUCGUUGGCUGGUAGUGAGAGGGGCUAGGCCGCUCUAUCAGCCACCAUGGUGAAACUCUUUAUAGGCAACCUUCCCCGGGAGGCCACGGAGCAAGAGAUUCGUUCCCUUUUUGAGCAGUAUGGACGGGUCCUGGAAUGCGACAUUAUCAAGAACUACGGCUUUGUGCAUAUAGAGGACAAGACGGCCGCUGAAGAUGCCAUCCGCAACCUGCAUCACUACAAAUUACAUGGCAUCUGCAUCAAUGUGGAGGCCAGUAAGAAUAAGAGCAAAGCCUCCACCAAGCUUCAUGUAGGCAACAUCAGUACCUCUUGCACCAACCUGGAGCUGCGGGCCAAAUUUGAGGAGUAUGGCCCUGUGCUUGAGUGCGAUAUUGUCAAGGAUUAUGCUUUUGUGCAUAUGGAGCGAGCAGAGGAUGCUGUUGAGGCCAUCAGGGGUCUUGACAACACAGAGUUUCAAGGCAAACGAAUGCGCGUGCAGUUGUCCACCAGCCGGCUCAGAACUGCGCCCGGGAUGGGAGACAAGAGUGGCUGCUACCGGUGUGGGAAGGAGGGUCACUGGUCUAAAGAGUGCCCAGUAGAUCGCACAGGGCAAGUGCCCGAGCUGACCGAAACUUAUAGCGAGCAAUACGGAGCAGUGCGCACCCCCUACCCCGCGGGCUAUGGGGAUGCCAUGUAUUACGAUGACCCCUAUGGAAUGGUGGACUACUAUAAACGGUACCGUGCGAGGUCCGCCGCGUACGGGGCUUCUGCAUACGACACAUAUGCGGAGCACACCAUGGUCCAGUAUUCCCAGUACGCCCAGUACUCGCAAGCACAAGCCACAGCGGCCGCAGCCAUGGCCAAUCGCCUUUCUACCACCUUAGACCCUUACGACAGGGCCUUGCUGCCUGCCUCGGGAACUGCAGCAGCGGUAGCUGCCGCUGCUGCAGCCGCGUCUUCCUCCUUUUAUACCCGGGAUAGAAGUCCCCUGCGUCGCUCGGCAGCUGCGGCUUCCACCGUUGGAGACGUGUAUGGAUACGAGCGUGUUCAACUGUCUCCCGUCCCGCGAUCCUCCCUCUACGAUGUCCAGCGGUUCGGGCGGGAUGCGUACGCGGAAAGGUUGCGGUACACUGCGUUUUGAUUCUGGAGGUAGGCUAUUUGAGGGCUGGAUGUCGGGUUCCUGUGGUACGUCCGCGGCAAAACAAUACCAGGCUUCACGAUGUGACGAUUUGUGUUUAACAUGAUGUCAUUAAUGGACAUUUUGUGUCUCUCCAAAGCUUAGUGACAACUAAUCUUUUGUUUUUAUUUUCUGGGGAGUUGCUUGGAGUGGGGGAGGUGAUAUUUUGGUUGUAACUGCACCUUCCUGUCUGGAGAGGUGACUGUCUUUAGUGUUCUUUGACUUACUUGUCUGGACCUGCUCUCCAAGAUCGGGCAUAGUGGUGCUGGUAGGGUAGGAGAGGUCUUUUAUUUCCAGAGCCUGGCUCAAGCCCCUCUCUUCUCCUCCAGCUCAUUUUGUAGCUCUCCCCCUCCUCCUAGAAUAGGCUUAUUUUGAAAACAAAUAAUCAGUUUUUUUACUAUGAGAAGUCAUUGUCAUGCUUCAUAUUAUCCUGAGUUUGGCCCCUCCUGUGGAAUCCUCCCCUUAUAUUGAAGCUAACCUGUGAAUUUUGUCCUUUGAUAUUUGAUGAAACACUUUUUUUCUCUCCAGUAAAAUAAAGCACUUGUAAACAGA